AUGGUAUUCAAACUAGGCCUCAUUUUUGAAAUUGAGACUUUAUUCAACGAUGAUGAAUGUUGGCAUCUUGCUGUUCAAUUUCAUCUAGAAUGUGCUUACACAUUUUUGAAUUAUUACGAGUAUAAAAAAGCCAAAGAACAUUUCCUUGCAGCUAAAGACAUAACUAAGUUACAGAUUGAGUUGACAGGUGCUCUGGGAAAAAGAACAAGAUUUCAGGAAAAAUAUGUAGCCCAACUGAUACUAGAUGUUCAGAGGAAAGAUAACAUCGUCCUUCCUUACCGAGAGCUUAGUCCAGCACCUACUCCACUAGAAGAUUUAACUAAGAAUUAUGCUUUAGAUGAUGACACUGUACUCAAUGAAAUAAAGUUUGAAGAAUCUCAUCAGAACCAGAUGCCUGACCUCUGUGCAGAAGAACUUGCUGUAAUCCUUGGCAUUUGUAUAGACUUUCAGAAAAACAAUCCUGUCCAUAAACUUACAGAAGAGGAGCUUCUUGCUUUUACAUCAUAUCUGCUCUCACAACCAAAGUUCUGGGCAAUUCAAACCUCUGCUCUUCUUCUGCGAACAAAACUUGAGAAGGGAAGUAUUCGUCGAAUGGAAAGGGCAAUGAAGCAGACCCAGGCACUUGCAGACCAAUUUGAAGAGAAGACAACAUCCAUUUGUGAACGUAUGAAGAUAUUUUACAGUUGCCAGGUUCCUCCACACUGGGCCAUUCAGCGUCAACUUGCGAGCUUACUCUUUGACCUUGGAUGUACCACUUCAGCUCUGCAGCUCUUCAAAAAGCUUGAAAUGUGGGAAGAUGCUGUUAUCUGUUAUGAAAGAGCAGGCCAGCAUGGGAAGGCAGAAGAAAUUUUAAGACAGGAGCUAGAGAAGAAAGAGACAGUAGGAUUAUACUGCCUGCUUGGAGAUGUUCUUAAAGACCAUUCAUACUAUGACAAAGCUUGGGAACUGUCCAAUCACCGCAGUGCCAGGUCUCAGCGCUCAAAGGGCCUCCUUUAUCUUCGCAACCGGAAUUUCAGAGAAUGCAUAGAGUGCUUUGAGCAUUCAGUAAAGAUUAACCCAAUGCAGUUGGGGGUGUGGUUUUCCUUAGGUUGUGCCUAUUUAGCAUUGGAAGAUUAUGAAGGUGCUUCCCGGGCUUUUCAGCGCUGUGUGAUGUUGGAACCUGAUAAUGCAGAGGCUUGGAACAAUCUAUCUACGGCAUAUAUCAGAUUGAAACAGAAAAUUAAAGCAUUCCGGACUCUUCAGGAAGCUCUCAAGUGUAAUUAUGAGCAUUGGCAGAUUUGGGAAAAUUACAUUCUAACCAGUACCGAUAUUGGAGAAUUUUCGGAAGCCAUUAAAGCUUAUCACAGGCUUAUGGACUUAAAAGAAAAGUAUAAAGAUGUCCAGGUGCUCAAGAUUCUGGUAAAAGUAGUCAUGGAUGGAGUAGGUGACCGAAAUGGGGAGACAGCCAAAGGAUUAAAGGGAAAACUGCAGGCCCUCUUUGGCAGAGUGACUUCUCGAGUAACAAAUGAUGGAGAAAUCUGGAGAUUAUAUGCCAGGCUUUAUGAAAAUGGGCAGAAUGAGAACUACGAAGACAUAGAAAAGGCAUUGCAGUAUCUCACCAAAGCAUACAAAUGUGAAAUCCAAUCAGGAGACUGGGACAAAGAUGCUUCCUCUUUUAAGAAAGUAGCCAGAGAUGCCCUAGAACUUGCACACGUCGCAAUGAAAUGCAGCAAACUGAAAACUAAUUACCAAGAAGCCUUGCCAAUACUCUCUUCUGCCCGACUCAAUUUGCGUGGUUUAGUCGCCAAAGCAAAGCAAAAUUUUGCAGAUGCUGUAAGUGAUGAAGUUUCCAGCGACCUCGUUGAAGAAAUGGCAGCAAUGGAGAAUUUGAUGAUGGAAUUGCAAGAACUUAGCAACCAGCUAAGGAAUCAGACUUGAGAAAAAGAAGAUCCGAUUUCUUGGAAAGACGGAAGGGCAAGGCUGGCACACUUCACCAGUUUUAACUUGUACUGAUGAGCAUUCAGUAAAUCAAAGACCCAAAGGCAUCUUUUAAAUAAAUAUUUCUCCAUACCACGCAACCAUUAAUAUUUGCCAAAAAGUUUUUCUGGUUAUAUUUAUUCUUUCCCAGUUAUGUGUGAUUUGCAUUGGCUUGGAUUUUAUGGAACAAAUUAUGCCUGCUUUUUUAUUUAAGAAUGCUUUUUUCUUUAAGAUUAGAUCUGUCCCUCUACAAAAGUAAUUGGCUUCUGUCCUUAUUGUGCACUUUAUGGCUAUGAACAAUUGGAGAGUUCUGUUCGUGUUGGAAGUGGGAAGGAAAGGGCUAUUUGAUUUGAUUGUGUCAACAGAAACCUGGAAAUAGGGAAGGGGGAAUAAAAAAUGGAAAUGAUUGUCUUCUGGGAUUUUUAAAAUGAAAGGACCCAGUUAUGUUUUCCUUAGCGUAUGCUUUUCAAAUGCAAGUAUUCACACACAAAGUAAUACUUGCUGAGAAAGUUUGUGCUAAUCAUUUUUAAAAACACAGGUUUAGGAAUACAAGUAGUCCUCAAUUUAUGGCCACAAUAGGUCCCA